CUUUAGCAGCGCCCCGCCCCGUUGCGUCGCCGGAAGUGUCGUCAUCUCGACGCGUCGGAAGUAGCUGUCGCUUUCGCCAUACACACGGGAAGUAGUAACCGCAAAGUUUGGGAGCUGGUACUGACGCUGGCUUUAAGAUGGGCUGCGACGGGGGAACGAUCCCCAAGAGGCAUGAACUGGUGAAAGGGCCGAAGAAGGUUGAGAAGGUUGACAAAGAUGCGGAAUUAGUGGCCCAGUGGAACUAUUGUACUCUAAGUCAGGAAAUACUAAGACGACCAAUAGUUGCCUGUGAACUUGGCAGACUUUAUAACAAAGAUGCUGUCAUCGAGUUUCUGUUGGACAAAUCUGCCGACAAAGCCAUGGGGAAGGCAGCGUCUCACAUCAAAAGCAUAAAGAGUGUGACAGAGCUGAAGCUUUCGGAUAAUCCUGCCUGGGAAGGGGACAGAGGAAACACGAAAGGCGACAAGCAUGAUGACCUGCAGCGGGCACGCUUCAUCUGCCCAGUCGUGGGCCUGGAGAUGAACGGGCGGCACAGGUUUUGCUUCCUUCGGUGCUGCGGUUGUGUGUUUUCUGAACGUGCCUUGAAAGAGGUAAAAGCAGAAGUUUGUCACACGUGUGGGGCUGCCUUCCAGGAGGACGAUGUCAUCGUGCUCAAUGGCACGAAGGAGGACGUGGAGACGCUGAGGAAGAGGAUGGAGGCGCGGCGGCUGAGGGCAAAGCAAGAGAAGAAAACCAAGAAGCCCAAGGCUGCCGAGGCGGCUUCCAAAGCGGACGCCGGCGAAGGUGAGGCUGAGGGCCGUCGGGGUCUGCGGUCGGGCGGGGGCUGUGUCCUGCAGGGCCCGGCGGGGAAGGACCGGCCUCCGUUUCACCGACCUUGUGUUUGCGGCCUUGCGGGGAAGCCCGGAGCAGCCCCGAAGAGGUCCAUCGCCGACAGCGAGGAAUCGGAAACCUACAAGUCCCUCUUCACCUCGCACAGCUCGGCCAAGCGCACCAAGGAGGAGUCGGCGCACUGGGUCACGCACACGUCCUACUGCUUCUGA